AUGGCCACUGAAGAGAAUCUAGAGGAAGUCAACUACAUUGGAGGAAACUAUGGGAAUAGAGGAUUCAAUCCACCAUUUCGCGCGCAUCCAAACCUAUCAUACCGGAGCAACAAUGUGGAGAAUCCAAAUGACCAAGUCUACCCCAAUCAAGGAGCGUAUCAAGGAGGCCAAUACCAAUCCAAGCCACAACAAGUCUAUCCAAGAGGGAUGUACCAAGUGAAGCAACCAUUCACUUUUUCUCAAGAAACAAAUCCAACCCAAACCGGAGAGAAGGUUGACGUGGCGUUGAAGAAAUACAUGGAGGAGCAGAGAUUGAUCACCAAGAACCUAUAUGAGAAGCUUGAUCACAUGUUUGGUGAUCUAAGCAGCAAGUUUGGGUCUCUCUCUACUCACGUUCAAAAGCUUGAGGUGCAAAUCGCUCAAACAGCCGAGGCGGCCAAGAAACAAAAUGAGGUAAACACUCAAAAAUUUUGUAGUGUUGUCUCAUCUAUAGAUGGCACAAUUGUUCCUACACUAUCUCAAGGGGAAGAAGAAGAAAAUGAGCCUAAGGAGAGGCACAAACCGGAGAGAUACAGUUGGGAAUCAAGAAGAGCUUACAAGAGAAGACUUGAAGGCAAGCCACUACAAAAACAAGAAGAUCCGGGGAAGUUUGUGAUAACUUCAAGUAUCAAUGGCAUUCAACUCCAUGAUUGCCUAUGUGAUACUGGUGCUAAUGUUAAUCUAAUGUCUCUUGCACUUGCAAAAGAUUUGGGAUUCAAGGAAUUCAAGAGCCCCAAGAUAAGAGUCGAGUUCGCGGAUCUAUCGUGCAUGGAACCCUAUGGAAUGCUUGAAGAUGUCAUGAUGGAAAUAGGGGUCGAUCGGUCAGUGCCAAGUGCGACCAAGCUACCACCAGAAGAAGCCACUCUCAUGCCUAAGAAAGAAGCUAUGCUGCAUGGAGAAAGAAGAGAGAGUGAGCGCUACCCAAAACCAAAGGAGAAGAAGAAAACAUUGGAGCCGAGGCAUGAAAAUGUCUUUAAGGAUAUCAACUCCAUCUUACUUCCAACCUUUGACGAAUAUGGAGCUGAAGAGGAGACUAAUGGUGCACCUAAUCUCUUUCACAAGAUAAGAAUCUUUACACCAAAAGAUUCGGAGCUUAAAGGUGACCAAUCCAUUGAAGAGAAGCUUGAGAGAACUAUGAAGCUUUUCCCCAAGGCAUUGAUUUUCACACUACAAGACAAAAGGCCAUUUUCGACGACCACAUUUGUCGGAUAUCCGUCAGUAAUGGACGUUUCCGACGGAUUUCUGACAAAUUGA